AUGCGAUCGAUAAGGAUUGGAAGUGGAUCGAGGACGAAUCGACAUUCGUUGCAAUCCGAAGGUUUGUUUUGCAGUUUCAGAAUUUUUCAAAAGUUUUCUACAAGUUUUGAAAAUGUGAUAAGUAUUACCAUAUUCUUGCAGCGACCACUUGCAUAAUAAGCGACUGGGAAUACGAUGAGGACAACGAGAACUUCGAUCCGAAUCAUCAGAGAUACUUGUGCUGUUGUGGCCACGCCCACUCACUGGUAACACUCGAAAUUAGGCAUUUACCUAUUUUUUCUUGCGCAUUGGAAGUAAGGCAGUUCAAAAUUUGUCACCUAACUUGUAAAAUUAGCGAAACUUCUUCGAAACCCGUAAAAUAGAAUUGCAGACGGGCAUGAAGAUAGUGGCCGGAAUGCUGUGCGUGACUGUCGUCUUCGAGCUCUGGCACCUCAUCGUCUCCAUGCUGGCCUCGGAUUUGGUCGAACGGGUGAUCAUGAGUUUUACAGUGUCUUCAAAAAAUGUGUGUCAUUUAGGCGGAUGUCACCGGAGCGGCCAUCCGUUUUUUCGCCGGCGUUCUCAUUGCCGGCUCCGUUUUAUGGGCGAUUUUCGCGCAGAGGGCCGAGUUGCUCGUCCCGUAUUUGUUGUUGCAGGUGUACACAUUUCAUCCAAUAAAAAAGCGCAACGAUUUUAGAACACAUCGAACUGUGUCAUAAAUUUUUUAGCGUGUCCCAUUGCACGACCUAAUUUUUUGCAGGGCGCUGGGCUGGCGAUCGGGCUCGUCUUCUUCGUGUCGUUCAUGUACAUUGGCCUGUUCGGCGACAAGAAAGUGGGCACGACGGUGCUCGGAUCCUACGGUAUUCCAGUGAAUCCGCGCGACGAGACAGCCUAUUUCAGUGAGGGCCCGUCUCCUUCUCGAGCCCGCCCACAAUUGUAUUCCAGACUACGCCGCGUGGCUCAUGGCCGGCUCUUUCGCCAUCGUUAUCGUGCUCCAGAUAUGGAUGAUGAUGAUUGUCGUCGCGUGCUGGCGCUUUUUUAGGUACAAAACGCACUUUGUUGUCUCUAAAACAAUAGGAGAAAAAAAAAAACGGAAAGAAUCGCAAUUUUUCGUGUUCAGAGACAAGCGGAACAACGAGAAGCACUUCAAGGACAAUAUCGUGACUGUGCAGAAGAUCGAGCUGCUCACCCGGAUGCGAAUUUCCCUUUCGGCAGAAGCUCUCGGCUCGGAGAGCUCUCACAACAAGAAUUGGGUGAAAACCCGCUCGUUUUCCGCCUCUCUCGAUGUCUGAUUAUUUCGAUUUUGCAGUCCAGAUCCUGUCAAUUUUCCAUUUAUGCUCUUGUUGAAUAAAAAAUUGGCUGAAAAUUGACUGAAAUCGGGCUAGAAUCAGGUAGUGGCCUAGAAAACGCCGUGAUGGCCUAGUUCUCGCCAAAACUCGGCCUGCCCCGUUUUGAGCGUUCUUUGUGUGUCGGUUUCUUAUCGCAAAAACGUGCGAAACGCUCGUGAUGAUCGCUUAUCAGUAAACCGACAAUAUUCAUUUAAAUUUGGCUAAAAAAAUUGGCUGGAAAUAUAUUUUUUAGCCCUGAAAAAAUGCUCUCACCAUUCCGUGCUCGGAACCAAAUUCACCGAUUCUUGGUCACUUUAAGCGAUGCGUACUCGAAAAAGGUCAACGAAGGAGCACUCAAAGACGACGAUUUUCAGGUUCUUUUUUGAAAAUGUUCUAAAAAAUUUCGAAAAGUGUUUUCAGCGCAAAAUGAUUGUGGAUUUUGAGCGAUUGCGGCGGGAAAUCGAGACGUAUAAGCCGGCGAAAAAGGGCGGAACCGAAAAAACGCCGUCCGCAUUCUGGAAAAUGUUUCAGAAUGCCAAAAAUGAGGUUUUUCCGUUUUCAAAGCCAUGUUCUGCACUCUCACGUCAUUUGCCCGCUUAUCACCCCCCAAAAACAUGUCCUUUUUAUCAGGAAACACCAAAAAACACAUCGCCACGUGGCAUCUACCUGUACGGAUCGGUCGGAUGCGGAAAAACAAUGCUCAUGGAUUUAUUCUUCGAGAAUUGUCCGAUCCGGAAGAAGAGGCGGGUGCACUUCAACGAUUUCAUGCAAAACGUGCACAAAAGUAAGGAAAAUUCUGGAGGCUUUCUAUUUUUGCACGAAAACAACGAAAAUUAGCGGCCGUACUGCCUAAUAGAACUGUUUGCCUUUGAAAUACCACGAGACGAGACGAGACGAUGCAAUCUUUGCGAGACUGGCUACUUUCUGCGUAGUUCUAUUAGAGAGUACGGCCAAAUUUGAGAACAAUUGAACACAAAACAGUUUUUUGAAGGAAUGCACGAACUAAAAAUGCAAAGUAACGAAACCCGCGGAAAGUUCGAUCCGGUGCCAGUGAUUGUCGACGAAAUUAUGGAAACGACCAAUUUAUUGUGCUUCGACGAGUUUCAGGUUGGCCUAAAAUUAUGAAAGCUUCCAGAAAAAGAUGUUUUAUAUCGAAAAAGACUUGACAGACUUACAUUGUUCAAUGAUUUCUAUAUAAAUGCGCAAAAGUGUUGCAGGUGACGGACAUCGCGGACGCAAUGAUCCUCAAGCGCUUCUUCUCGAUGCUCUUCGAACGCGGACUCGUAAUGGUGGCCACUUCGAAUCGGGCGCCUUCCGAAUUGUACAAAAACGGACUGCAAAGGCAUCAAUUCGUCCCUUUUAUCACUAUUUUAGAGGUGAUUAUUGGCUUUUUCUUUCUGGACUUUGUCAUUCACAUUUGUACCUUUACAGUGCAAUUAUUAUCGAAUUAUGAUUUAAAGUAGUAUGUUAUUUGAAUUUUUGUGAAACUGAAUUUUUUUAAGGACAAAUGCGAGAGUCUGGCCCUGGAUUCGGGAAUGGACUACCGGCGGAGUGCGUCCGGGGACGGAAAUCCCGUUUAUUUUCACGGAGACGACGCCUGCACCCAGUGCGAUAUCGUUUUCAAACAGUCUGCCGCCAAUGAGACCGACAGUCUGUUUUUAUUUCAUUUUAGCUAAAAAAAAUAGGGGGAAAUCCAUAUUUCCAAGUGAAAUUGUCACAAAAUCGCGAAAAAGCGGCACAAUUAAUAAGUCCCGGUUUAGUACAUUACUUGAACGAAUUCAAACGUGUCUAACAGAAAUUCAUGAAACUGUAAUAACAUUUUUCAAAAUUAAGGCAAUUUUCGCUUGCAGCGGUUCGCUCGAAAACGCUGGAAAUCCUGGGCCGUCGUGUGGUGGUGGAAAAGUGUUGCGGGGGCGUGGCCGACGUGGAUUUCAAAGAACUGUGCAUGACUGCGAAGGGAGCGGCCGAUUAUCUCGUGUACGCCCGCGUAUUCCACACGGUCAUCGUCCGAAAUGUGCCAGUUUUGAAUCAGGAUCAGUGGAACGCGAUGCGCCGAUUCAUCACCAUGAUCGACACUUUUUACGAUCAGAAAGUUUGUGAUUUUUUGGGUUUUUAGGGAAAAAACUGUGAGGUUCAGUAGAAAGUUGGAAAAGUUAGGCCACGGCUCACAAAAUUGUAAUCGCAUAAAGAAUUUUCAUUAAGGUUCGAGUGGUAAUCGGAGCGGCCGCCCCUCUGGACAAUCUGUUCCAAUUCGAGAGUCACAGUGUGACUCCGGAUGCUCUGAGCGACUCGAAACGAAUGCUCAUGGACGAUCUGGGCAUCAAAUCUGAUCAGGUACGACUUUGACUAAAUUCGAAAACACCACAAUGAUUGCAGGAAGGAAUGAAGGCGAACGUGUUCAGUGGGGACGAAGAAGCGUUCGCAUUCACACGGACAAUAUCGAGAUUGUACGAAAUGAGGACGGAAAAGUACCGAGCACAACGGAGACCGUACAAUUCCAUCGAAGGAUCCAUUUAG